UCGACUGAAAUUCCUAAGAAUUUUGUUUCACCCUCAUAAUUAAUUAGUCAACUAUUUAUCCUCCUCUAAAUCAAUUAUUAUAUUUUUUCAGGAUCAAAGAUGAACCAAGAGGUUACGUCUACACGUCGUGUGUUACUUUACGUUUCGGAAUAGCGAUAAUGGAAGUCAGGAAGAACGAAUACCUGGUCGUGCGUUAUCCAUUGUUGAUGUUGUUCAGCAUAACUACAAUUCUCGGGAUUCUCAUAGACCACAUCUUGGAAUUCAGCGACGCGAGAUGGUUCACCAAAAUCCUCGAUUACAACUACUGCGGGGGUUCUUUCCUUUUCGCCUAUACGCUGAAGGCGAAGAGAGCUGAAAUCGCGGUAUUCACUCAGGUCCUGGAUCAGUGGUGGCCGUACACCUUCCUCGAUCAGGAAGAAGAGGAGUUGAAAGAAAAGCUGCAGAGGAAGUUGAAGAAGUUCAAUCACUUCUACAAUAGGUUCAUGGUUACGAUGGGAAUCGGUUUCGGAAUGAUGCCGCUAGGCCGCUACUUCUACGAGACUGAGAAGAGCUCCACGAACCUCCUACUCCAGCGCUGUUGGUCACCAUUUCCCCUGGACACCUGGUGGGGCUUCUCCAUGACCUACUGGAUCGAACUAACCUCCAUGCUAUCCCUGUUCUACUGCUGGACCUAUAUCGUCUGCUUCCUCAUAACGGUCAUGGAGACCAUUGGGAAGCAGCUGCAGCUCAUCGGGAUUUCUCUGGUCACAGUCGAGAAGAGAGUCAUGAAAGCGAUGCUCCUCUCGAAGGUGACCGGAAGGAAGGAGUGGUAUGAAUCUUAUGUGCGUAUGAUGCAGGAGGAGUUAGCUAGCAGCGUGAAGCACUAUCAAAAGAUGCACAGGUAA